AUGGCAGCCAGGCCUCGCAGGUCCACCGCCUCGACCAGCUACGCCCACCUCCUCGCCCCGCUCAACCUCACCAGCUCGUCGUCGUCCUCAUCAUCCGACGAAGCUCUCGACUCGAACAAGACCCGCCCAGGCCACGACGCCACCUCGCAAGCACCCGACACCAAGCCCAAGAAGAAGCGCAAGCCCGUCUACAUCCCCGACGAGUCGUCCGGCUCCGAGUUCGAGCUCCCCGACAAACACCCCGGCGCGCCAGGUGGGGCUGGAACCGCACGCGACGACGACGACGACGACGACGACGACAGCGCAGCCGGCUCUGCCCUCGACUUGGACGACCUCGACGACGGCGCGUCCAUCUCGGGCGCGAGCGGAUUGAGCGGGUCAAUCGUCGGCGGGUCGCCUCCUCCUGGCGGCGCGCGGCGAGGCGCAGGCGGCCGAGGCAGGGGCAGGGGCAGGGGCCGCGGCGCGCGCACGGGCGUCAGCGCAGGGAGGUCAGCAGGGCGCGCCUCGGUCGUCGUCGCGGCUUCCGCCGUCGCGCAGCGCACCGGGUCCGCAGCCGGCGGCGUCGCUCCUCCUCGCGCCAAGCCGUCGGACCGUCACCCUGCAACGGCCCUCGGCCUCCAGCACCCGUGGAUCGGUCCGCUCGCGGCACUCGCGCCGUCGGUCCCGCUCGAGGGCGAGGGCAAGCGCGGUGCGCCGAGGCGGUUCGCCGCCGGGCGCGCCGGCGAGCCGGGCGUCCUCCGCGACGAGCAGGUCCACGAGCUCCUCGAGAUGCACUCGGGCAACCCGUUCGGCGUCGACAAGGCGUGGGCGCGCGACAUGGACUACGUGCCGGGCCGGUACGACGUCGGCGUGGCCGGCGAGGGCAAGGUCCGCGAGCGCGAGAAGUGGGGAGGGUGGUACGACGAGCUCGAGGUCAAGGACGAGGACAUUGUCGGCGUAUCUUCGCACCACGUCUCGCAUUUCCUUCCUCGCCAGGUCUACCCGACCGACCGACCGUCGACCAUCUUUACCCCGUCCGUCCCUCUGCCCGGCAGCAAAGAAGCCGCAGAUGCCGCCGCAGCGGCCGCCGCCGACUCGCCCGCACCCGAUCCUUCCCUCGACCUCCCCAUCCCGCCGGUCGAGCUGCAGACGUCCACCGCGCCGAGCACGUCACGAGGACCCUCUACGGCGUCUCAGCAGGACACGUCAAGUGAGUUGGACGGGCGCAUCCGGCUCCUGUGCGGCGGGAUCGUCGCGAGCGGGAUCGAGGAGCAGGCGGUCGAGCUCGAGAGGUUCGAGACGAGGAGGCUCGACGAGAUCGUCAGCAAGAAGCCAGGCCACCUGUUCAACGCCGGCGCCCCGAUCGGCAGCCUCGCCUUUGCGCCUCGAGCAGACGGGCCUUCCGACAAAGAGUACCUCCUCGUCACGACCACUUCUUCGCCCGACGCCCUCCUUCGCCACCCGCUCUCGUCCUCCUCUUCCUCUUCCGCCACCGGCACCGCCUCUUCCUCGACAUCUUCUUCGACCACGAGCCCGAGCGCCCUCCUCCAGCUGUGGUCGGUGCCCUCGGGCACGUCCCUCGCGCCCGAAACGGCCGACGACGACUCGGCGCGCAUGCGCCUCGAGCUCGCGCUGUGCGUCAACGGCCUCGGCGAGUGCAAGGAGGCGGCGUGGUGCCCUCGCGGCGGGCGGGCGGCGCGCGCUGCGGCGGCGGGGAGCAAGGACGGCGAGGGCAAGGGCAAAGGGCGCGAGGACGCGAUGGACGUCGACGACGAGGCGGGAGAAGCAGAGGGAGCUGCGGGUGAGGACAAGGGAAACGUUGGGCUCGUCGCGGGCGUGUUCGGCGAUGGGACGGUGGCGGUGCUGGCGGUGCCGGACCCAGAGAGGGCGAGGGAGAAGCUCAGGGUCGAGGAGGACGAGGUCGCGUUCGUCAAGGCGUCGCCGUUGCUGCGGCUGCAGCUCCCCGACACGAGCAUCUACGCUCUCGCAUGGGGCGGGCACGAGGUCCUCGCUGCAGGGUGUCUUAACGGCUACAUCGCCGUUUGGCGCGUCGGCGACAUCCUCCUCAGCGGCAAACAGCCAGAUCGUCCUCUGCGCCCGACGCACUACUUCUCGGCGCACACGGCCGUCAUCCGCCAGCUCGUCUUCAUCUCGACGCCGCCGCCAAAGCUCGACAAUCGCGCCGAGCACGACCUCGACGGCGCGCCGACCGGCAUCGUCUCGGUCGGGUACGACGGUUCAGCCCUGCUGAGCGACCUGCGCGAGCCGGGAGGCGCAACGAGCGUCCUCACGCACGAGCGCACGGCGCUCUACACGGUCGCCUUUUCGGCGCACACGGGCAUGGCCUACACGACCGACGCCGACGACCGCGUCAAGGGGCUCGGGCUCAAGCCGAGCAUGCAGGGCAACGAGGGCCGUGUCACCAUCCACCGCGGGCCCGUCUGGUCCGUCGCCGCCUCGCCUCACCACGCCACGACCCUCUCGGCGUCGCUCGACGGCACGGCCAUGCUCGCCUCGGGCGUGCGCGCCCUGCGCAAGCGCCGUCUGCGCGGUCACUACUUGACGAGGCUGUACCGCCUCGAGGUCGAGCGCACGUCGGGCGCCGUCCGGAUGUGGGACAAUCUCGAUGUCGAGUUCCGCGGCGCGCUCGACCCGUACAACCCGUUCUCCAAGACGUCGUCGUCGGUCCCGCUCGAGCGCUCGACGGCCGCGUGGCCGCCCGAGCAGGCCGUCACGGCGGCGGCGUGGCACCCUACGCUCACGCUCGCGCCGCUGUGCGCGACGGGGACGGCGAUCGGGCUCGGGCGGAUCGACUGGGCCGAGAGGGGGCAAACGGCGAGCUCGUAA